AUGGCUGAGAAACUUGUGGAAAAUUACCUAAGCUGCCAUAGUCACAAAGUGGUUCCUGUAGAAGAAGCAGUCAGUGACCUGAAGGAGCAGCUGAAAUCUGACUUAAAGUCUCUGCAGGACAAGAGGAACAAAUACAAACAAGUGGAGGAAACAUACAAUGAAAUGAGGGAACACACGAAGAAGCAGCUGUUGUCCACAGAGAGGCAGAUCAGAGCAGAGUUCAACAAGCUCCAGCAGUUCCUGAAAGAGGAAGAGGAGUCCAGACUGGCAGCUCUGAGGGAGGAAGAGGAGCAGAAGGGGAGGACUAUCAGCAGAGAGAUGAAGAUGAUUGAGGAGCAGAUCUCCUCUCUGUCAGACAGCAUCUCUGCUGUUGAAGAAGAGCUGCAGAAACACAGCGUGCCAUUCCUCAGCAGUUAUAAAGACACUCAGAGCAGAGCCAGAGCCCAGAGCUCAGUGUCAGAUCCACAGCUGGUCUCAGGAGCACUGAUAGAUGUGGCCAAACACCUGGGCAACCUGUCCUUCAGAGUGUGGGAGAAGAUGAAGGAGAAGGUCCACUUCACUCCUGUCAUUCUGGACCCAAACACUGCAAAUGCCUGUCUCUAUCUGUCUGAUGAUCUGACCAGUGUGAGGAAUGGAGACACAAAACAGCAGCUUCCUGAUAAUCCAGAGAGAAACACUUAUUACAUAACUGUUUUUGGCUCUGAGGGUUUCAGCUCAGGGAAACACAGCUGGGAGGUGGAGGUGGGAGACCAUCCUAGCUAUUUUGUAGGUUUAGCUAAAGAGUCACUUGACAGGAAGGGGAUGUGUUUUGGCUCACCAGACUGUGGAUUCUGGUGUUUGUUGUAUUGUAAUGGAAAAUACUUUAACCGUGACGGUCAGCCUCUCACACUGAAGAAGAGUCUCCAGAGGAUCAGAGUCCAGCUGGACUAUGACAGGGGGGAGGUGUCCUUCUAUGACCCUGAAGACAUGACUCUGAUCUACACCCACAGAGACACUUUCACUGAGAAACUCUUCCCAUAUUUCAGUUUUGGAGAGGAUGGAAGUCGAAAAACAUCUGAUAUCAAAAUCUGUUACUUGUGCUGCCAUGUGUGUUCAGAGACUUUCAGAGAUCCUGUGUCUCUGAGCUGCAACCACAACUUCUGUUCAAACUGCCUGCAAAAGUUCUGGGAACAAGCUAAAAACAAAAACUGUCCCAUUUGUAUAAGAAAAUCUUCAAGGGAUCAAAAAGCUAUAAACAUUUCUCUAAAAGAACUUGCUGACUCCUUUACUAAGAGGCAGAGUGAGAGCUCACCUGAGACAGAAAAAGAAAAGGAGGAAGAGAAGGAGGAAGAGAAGGAGGAGGUGGUGUGUGAUAAACAUCCAGACGUCCCUUACUGGUACUGUGAGGAUGAAGACAGAGCUGUGUGUCCUGUGUGUGAGUUUUCUCUCCACCAGAGUCACAAAGUGGUUCCUGUAGAAGAAGCAGUCAGUGACCUGAAGGAGCAGCUGAAAUCUGACUUAAAGUCUCUGCAGGACAAGAGGAACAAAUACAAACAAGUGGAGGAAACAUACAAUGAAGUGAUUCAACACUCCAAGAAGCAGCUGUUGUCCACAGAGAGGCAGAUCAGAGCAGAGUUCAACAAGCUCCAGCAGUUCCUGAAAGAGGAAGAGGAGUCCAGACUGGCAGCUCUGAGGGAGGAAGAGGAGCAGAAGGGGAGGACUAUCAGCAGAGAGAUGAAGAUGAUUGAGGAGCAGAUCUCCUCUCUGUCAGACAGCAUCUGUGCUGUUGAAGAAGAGCUGCAGAAACACAGCGUGCCAUUCCUCAGCAGUUAUAAAGACACUCAGAGCAGAGCCAGAGCCCAGAGCUCAGUGUCAGAUCCACAGCUGGUCUCAGGAGCACUGAUAGAUGUGGCCAAACACCUGGGCAACCUGUCCUUCAGAGUGUGGGACAAGAUGAAGGAGAAGGUCCACUUCAGUCCUGUCAUUCUGGACCCAAACACUGCAAAUGCCUGUCUCUAUCUGUCUGAUGAUCUGACCAGUGUGAGGAAUGGAGACACAAAACAGCAGCUUCCUGAUAAUCCAGAGAGAAACACUUAUUACAUAACUGUUUUUGGCUCUGAGGGUUUCAGCUCAGGGAAACACAGCUGGGAGGUGGAGGUGGGAGACCAUCCUAGCUAUUUUGUAGGUUUAGUUAAAGAGUCAGUUGACAAAAAUGAGCCAUCUGCUUCACCAGAAUAUGGAGUCUGGUGUUUAACACAUUACAGGGGAAAAUACACUAAUGGUGAUGGUCAGAUUGUGACUGUGAAGAAGAGUCUCCAGAGGAUCAGAGUCCAGCUGGACUAUGACAGGGGGGAGGUGUCCUUCUAUGACCCUGAAGACAUGACUCACAUCUACACUCACAGAGACACUUUUACUGAGAAACUCUUCCCACAUUUUACUAUUGGAAAGGCAGAAGAUGCCAAAACCUCUGAUAUCAAAAUCUGUCAGACUGAGAUUUCUUUGAAAACUUCAGUGAGGUCUAAGGAGCUUGGAAAGAAAAGUGUCUGGAUUUCUUUAGCAAUGUCUUUUCAAUGAGGUCUUGGUGAAUUUUUUCCCUUCUCUCGUGUUUUCUUUCUUUUUUACAACUUGUUUUGUGGUUAUUUGUUUUUUUGUUCUCAAGGCAUUUUUAUGUGAAAAAUGCAGGAAUAAAAUUUUAGCACUUUAAAAAUGAAAUUACAAAUGUAGCUCAGAUCCUUUUAGUUUUCAAAUUAAGUUUAACAAUCCAAUUUCAGAAUUAAUGCAUCAAAUGUUGGAUGAUAUAAAACUGACAAGAGCCGUCUUCUCCAUUUGUUUUAUUUUUCUUGGAUUCCCUUCUGUUUUUGCCAGAUUUAUGACAGUUUUAAAGUUGUUUAACUGAUCAUAAAACUGUUUUUAACAUUGAAACCGUGCAAAAUUGAUGCUAGAGAGCUCAAUAGAUGCUGAUAAAUGUCACUUUGAUUCCCUUUACAAGUUAUUGAGAUCCAUAUCAGCAAAAAACUGUCUGGCCAAUAUGUGUGUUCAGAAUGUGCUAAAACUGACUAAUAAAUAAACCCAGUGUCUUCUUUUCUUUUGGUACUUCACAAUCAGUGAUGAAUUUCAGUAAAGGAUUGUCCUUAUUUACAUGUGAUUCUUAUGGUAUGUUCUUCAUCACGACAAAAUAAACCAAGCUGUGUAUGAUGACAUAAUAAUUUCUUUAGAAUAAUCUGCAAUGACACAUUCUAAAAGAUUAUUCAGUUGUAUUCAUACAAACUAAAGCUCAUUCUUUGUUUCUUAGACUAUUCCUAAAUUCUGUGUAAAUUGCUUUGUCAGGGACAAUUCAUAAUACACCUUACAUUUUCAACUCAACCCAAUAAAACAGAUAAGUAAAACAGUAAAAAUCAUAUUACGGUUUAAAACUGCAACGAGGUCUCUGUGAUUCUUUUAGUUUUGUUUUCUCUUCUCUGAAGCUUUCUUGCUUUUGUUACAGCUUGUUUUGUGGUUAUUUGUUUUUCAAUUUAGGCAACUCCUGUUGUUCUUUCCUAUGUGAGAAAUUGCAGAAAGAAAGAUUUAGAACCUGCAUGAAUUUAUACAAUGGGAUAGAAAUGAUUUUCAAAAGACAGACAGCAAAACUGAAUCAUAAAUGUCAUUUGUCUGUUUUGUUUAAUAUUCACUUUGAAUGUGUUAAAAUCUUUUUAUUUACUUGUUCAUUUUUUGUUGAUUUUCUGCCUUUUUUGCCAAUAUGUAGCAGCUUUAAAGUCACUGUGUGUUCAUGAAACAGUUUUUUAAAUAUAUAAACAGUGCAAAAUUGAUGUGGCAUUGAUAAGCAAGCACUGAUAAAUGCCACUUUCCUUUCCUUCAUCAAUUAUUUAGAUCCAUAUCAGCUAAUAACAGCAUUGUGACAAUUUGUCUUUUAAUGGUUUCAAAAUGAUAAAUAGACUUGACUCAUAAAUAAUCCUAAUGUCAUCUUUUGAUAUUUAACUGUCUGUGAAUAAUUUAAGUGAUCUGUUUCAUUUAAAUGUGUUUCUUAUGGCAUGUUCUCCAUUAUGUUGCAAAAUAAGCCAAACUGUGUACAUUCAGCCAUGUUUUCUUUAGAAUGUGUCAUUGCAGAAUAAUGUUAACUUUCUGACAUUUAUUCAGUUGUAUUCAUACAAACUAAAGCUCAUUCUUUUUUGUAGAUUGUUCCCAAGUCCUGUGUAAUUUGCUUUGUCAGAUACUAUUCAUAUUAUUCCUCAGAUUUCAGUUCCUGAGUCUGUCUCUGAAGCAGCGUUUGAUAAGAAAUCAAUAUGUGAGACAGUUACAUAUUCACAGUGCUGAUAAGACGAAGGGAGACGCAAUAUGUGCAAGUGCCCUGCAUUGGUUUGAGCACUGUGAUUAGUCUGAGCGAACAAAAAAAAUAUAAAAAAAAAUACCCCAGAGUUAACAUGAUAUAUCCACAAUGCCAAAACAGGCCUGCAACAAACAUUGUAUAAUGUUUCAUGUUAAGCCUAGAGUUCAUUUUAAAGCCUCCUUGGCUUACAUCAUGGAACCUUGUUUCAAGUUUUAUAGACCAUUAAGUAACACCUCUUUAGUUCCAGUAUGCCCCAUCCUUAUUAAAAGCCAGGCUGUGCAUACCUUUGACCUGAACGAGGCCCUCUGAGGGGGCAUUGAAAGGUACUUCAUCAACCAACCAAAUAGCCAAUACUGCACGUUAGAUAAAGUGUAUCUAUAGAAACCAGGGCAGGAGGCCAAAGUGGAAAGCUAUUAUGUUUUUGAAAUAUUUAUGGCCCAACAGUGUACCAUUGUGUCUUAAAAAAAAGUCUUAUUAGAGCAAUUCCCCAUUGACAUGACGUCCCUUAAUAACAUGCGAGCUGAAAAACAGUUAAAUAUCUGUGGCAUUGACAGAAUCGUGGUUUUCUUUGCUACUGACUGACCAGAAACAUUUAUUUCAUAAUUUGUGAACAUUCGACCAGUUGGAGCUGCUGUUUGUUCCAGUGUGUUUCUGUGAAGUCCAACUUCAUAUUCCAGAUCACAUCAGCACAUUCAGGAUCUAGUCUCGUUAACUGUGGAUAUCCUCUUUUUCAC